AUGGCCGACAUCACUCUUCCCUCGUCCUUGCUGCAACCGCGCGACGACAGCGAAGCAGACUCACUCUUAUCGAUCCUUGGGCGCAUUCACGAUGAGCGCGGCCACUUUCGACAUAUCACCGAGCAAGGCCUACAGGCUGAAAUAGCUGCCAACGACAACGACGAAGAGAGCUCCGAGACAGAUGACGACGAGGAUGGCGCAGACCCAGAUGGACUAGAAGAGAAAGACCGCCGGGAACAGCUAUGGACAGCUAGAGCAGAGAUGAGGCAACAUGUUGACUCCGCACGCAACGAAGUACUCAUCGCUCUGGACUUUGUCUCCCUGCUGAUCUCCAAAGAAGCCCCCAAACAGGCCGACCUUACAAUGUCACCGCAUCUGAAACAGUUCAUCAAGCCCGGAACCCUCGCUAUGGAUAUGUGGCAGAACGUCCCGCCCAACAAGGAGCAAGAGAAGGUCGACGAUACAAUCGCUCGUGGCUGGAGAAUGCAAUCGCUUCAAGCCUCCGCUGAUUCUCUAUUGGGUGCUGCGACUCGCUUGGAGAACGACGUCAGGAGAGAGACACAUUACUGGGAACAAGUCUUGUCUGUCAGCGACAAAGGCUGGUCAAUUUCUCGUCUGCCUCGUGAGAAACACAACCUUGGCGUUCGCUUUGGCUUCUUGGAAGCGCUUGGAGAGUUUAGAGACCGUGGGCUUGCUGCUUUGAGAUCAGAUGAAGAUGGCAAUGUUCUACUCGACAAAGGCAUUGGAAACAACAGCAAAGUCCUGAGGGUACGCAUCCAAAAAGGUGAUCACAUUGCUGGCGUCUCACGGAUGCCCGAUGUCUCGAACGAUUCAGAAACCACUCUCGAAGCACGUAUUCGUCACGCUCGAGACUCGUUGUACGAGGAAGAAUUGUUCCAUGAAAUCAUUCGGGAAUCGCGAAGUCUGGCAUCAUACGGUGUUGAUAUGCGCGAGUCGACUGUUCGUCUUCCCACAAGAUUGUCCUCGACUGCUUCAUCAUCCACAUCAGAUGCGCAAGAAGUCUUGAUUGACUUAUUACCAUUGACUGCAAUUGAGAUGAAAUCUCAUGAGAAGCAGCCAGAAGAUGCGUGGGCCCAAGCUAUCGCACUGGCCCUUCGCCUGUUCCUUUCGUACACUCACCGCGAGAGACUGACACGCCGAUCUGAUCUGCCUCCACCAAUGUCAAGCGCGAGAAAAAACACACCAGUUGCAAGCAUCAUGAAGCCCGUCCUGACCUUACUGCAACACCGGUCAAUACUUGGUGAUGUCGGCGCCUAUCUCGAGCGUAUCAAAAAGCUUCUAGAUGCUGCAUCAGUUGAUACUACAAUCGAGACAGCGGCGUUC